AUGGCGCUUGCUCACAAUGGCAUUCUGCGAGGACUCAAUGCCAUCUAUCUCCAGGCAGCUCACAUACCGCGCGGUGACUCGAGCGCUGUCCAGGACUUCCUGAUUUAUUGCCAGUGCUGGUGUGAAUCCAUGCAUCACCACCACGAUGCAGAAGAACAGAGCUUCUUCCCGAGCAUCGAGCAGAUCUCGGGCGUGCCGGGGAUCAUGGAGCGCAACGUCGAACAGCAUCGAGCAUUCACGCCAGGGUUCGAUCGAUUUUACGAGUACUCUCGCACCUGUCUUCCCAGGGAUUAUGACGGAGGGCAGCUCAAGAGUCUCAUCGAAGGCUUUGCAGAGCCCUUGACACGGCAUCUCUCCAAUGAGGUGGAGACGCUGCGAGCUCUCGACGUUUACGACGGCGAGCGGAUACGACAAGCCUAUAAGCGUUUGGAGAAGAUCUUGAUGGCCACGGACAACCGGCGAAUCGCCCCGCUCGUGUUCGGCACCGCUGACAGGACCUUCGAAGGUGGCAUGCACGACUUCCCCGCCGUGCCGUUCUUUGUGCCUUUUAUCAUACACUACUGGUUUGGUAGGGAGCAUCGUGGUGCUUGGCGAUUCAAUCCGUGCACGAUGUGGAGAGAUCCUAGAGAAUUGGCUUUCAGGCAAAGGAUGUCGUAG